GGGCCUUUGGGGCAGCCGCGGACGGAAGUUCCCGCCAGGGGGCUCAAAGGCGGCGACACGCAACUUUGUGCCACGUUGGAUUUGAUUGCCGGUGUUAUUUUCUGAUUUUUGGGAUAUCGGGUAUAAUACAAACAUGAAGAUUAAGGAGAUAGACAGGACGGCCAACAUAGCUUGGUCUCCUGCCGUGCACCACCCAAUUUACAUCGCGGCUGGCACAGCGGCGCAGCAAUUGGAUGCAACUUUCAGCACAUCGGCUGCCUUAGAAAUAUAUUCCCUUAACCUAACCGAACCGGGACUGGACAUGGGUCUUGUUGGGACAUUAAAUUCGGAGCACAGAUUCCACAAGGUAGCGUGGGGUUGCCACGGCAUCUCCGAAGGUGACCUGCCCAGCGGAGUGCUUGUCGGAGGAGCCGAUGCGGGAAACCUCCUCGUUUAUGAUCCCGCAAAGCUUAUCAAAGGAGAAGACACCCUCAUUUGUCAGAAGGAUAAGCAUACCGGGCCUGUGUAUGCUCUGGAUUUUAAUACGUUUCAGGCCAAUUUGUUGGCGUCUGGUUCUACAGACUCGGAAAUAUUUAUUUGGGACCUGAACAGUCCGAAUGCGCCGAUGACACCUGGUGCGAAGUCUCAGCCUCACGAGGACAUCAGCUGCCUUGCUUGGAACCGUCAGGUGCAGCACAUCCUGGCGUCCACGUUCCCCGCCCGCUGCAUCGUGUGGGACCUGAGGAAGAACGAACCGAUCAUCAAGGUCUCCGACACCACGUCAAGAAUACACUGCAAGGCGGUCGCUUGGCAUCCCGAAGUGGCGACACAGUUAUGCUUGGCCUCUGAAGACGAUCAUGCUCCAGUGGUUCAGCUCUGGGACCUGAGAUUCGCAACGUCGCCCCUCAAGACGUUGGAACAUCACCAAAAGGGAGUCCUUGCAAUCGCCUGGUGUCCUCAGGAUCCUGACCUUCUGUUGUCCUGCGGCAAGGACAAGAGGAUACUAUGUUGGAAUCCCAAUUCAAACGUGGCAGGUGGCGAGUUGGUGUGCGAGAUCCCGACGGGUGACCAGUGGCACUUUGACGUGGCCUGGUGCCCGCGCAACCCGGCCGUCAUCUCGAGCGCCUCGUUCGACGGCCACGUGGGCAUCUACUCGCUGCUGGGGGGACAGCAGCAGACACAGCCGAGCGCCAAGCUGGCAGAGUCUUUCCCGGGGGCGGAUGACUUUGCCCAGCUGCCCAGCUUCCAGCAGCAGCAGGCUGCCGCCCAGCGGAGCGUCUCCAUCUCGCUCCUGAAACCGCCGAAGUGGCUUCGCAAGCCGGUCGGAGCUUCUUUCGGGUUUGGCGGCAAGCUGAUCUCAUUCACGAAGCAGCAGCAGCCCAAUGCCGGUGCCCCGGCUGCCCAGCUGGUGCACAUCAGCCAGGUGGUGACGGAGCAGAAGCUCAUGGCCCAGUCGGCCCAGCUUGAGUCUGCCCUGAGCACCGGCAACUUCUCAGACUUCUGCCAGCUCAAGGUGCAGGCGUGCUCGGACACCAAUCGUCAGCUGGCCUGGAGCUUCCUUCAGGCCAACUUUGACCGGUCCCCGAGAGCCCGGAUGCUGUCUUUACUGGGCUACGACCCUGAGGACGUGUCUGGACAACUGUCCGUUCUAGGAGGGAGUAUGGACGACGCCGAAAGUCGGGCGGAUCUUUCGAAUGACUUGGGGAACCUUUCCCUCAGCGCUACCACGAACGGGGAGAUACUGGACGAUAGUGCAUCGGCAUUUGACAGCAUUGCGGCGAAGAGCAAAGAGCAGGACUUUGUUCCCUUCACCAUCACCACUGAUGAAGGGGAUGCGGAUGGCCUGCUGAACAGGGCCCUGCUGACCGGGAACGUGGAGGCUGCAGUGAACCUGUGUCUCCAGGAUGGCCGCUGGGCAGAGGCCCUCAUCCUGGCCCAGGCAGGGGGACUGCCCCUGCUGCAGAGGACCCAGUGUCGCUACUUUAGACAGGCGGCUUCGGACUCGGCUAAGCUAAUAUCGGCUGUUGUGAACUCGAACUGGAGCAACGUGGUAAAGAACUGCGAGAUCAACUGCUGGAAGGAAGCCCUUGCCGCUGUUCUGACGUAUGCAAAGCCGGAGGACUUCCCAGUCUUGUGCGAAACCCUUGGGAAGAGACUCGAAACGGAGAGGAAUUCCACCUUAGUUCCGUACGCCAUGCUGUGUUACAUCUGUGCUGGGAACCUUGAAAAGCUGGCGAGCUGCUGGGUUCAACUCCAGAAGAAGGCAGACAGCCCACAAUCCUUACAGGAGCUGGUUGAGCAAGUGAUGAUCCUGCGUGCUGCGGUGGCCCAGUUGGGUGGCCAGCCCCAGUCCAUCCAGACGGGUACUCUGUCGAAUCUCCUGGGACAAUACGCCGCCAUCCUAGCUGCCCAGGGGAGUCUGACCAGUUCCAUCAACUACCUGCUGGACCCCACAGAGCCCGGUCUUGCAGUGCUGAGGGACCGUGUGUACCAGUGCCUGGGCAUGGCGUCCCCCCACUUCCCCUUCCCGAGGGUCAGCGUCAGGGGGGAGUUUGCGCCGGCUUCGGCCAACGCGGUCAACAGCCGGCCCGGCGUCGGAGCGCAGGCACGCAUGGCGUCCACUUCUUCCUCGAGGGUGCAGCCUUUCUACCACGGCGGGCAGCAGGCAUCCUCGACGUCUCAGGGGAACCAGUUUGUGCGACAGAACUCCGGUGGAUAUGGUGGGUAUGGAGCUCCGGCGACCCAGCAUACCGAGCCCAUGUACCAGCCACCAGUGGCACCCACGCCACCACCACCUGUGGACGCAGCAGCCACUGCUACCCAUGCCAAAGGUCCGAGGUCACGCUACCCCAGCGUCCACGAUCCUUGCGUGUACAAUGAAGAGCGGUACGGCCAGCAGCCGCAGUAUUACCAGUCAUCGUCUUACACUCCUUCUCAAAGUUACAUGCCAUCAUCACAACCGCAGUCCCAGAACUUCUACGGAAAAGACCAAGGUUAUGGGGACCAGAAUUCUUCCUUCAGCCUUUCCAGUGCAGCCACCACCCCGUUCCCCAGUGCCUAUGGAUCUACAGUGCCUGCUGGUCACACAGUGUCACAGAUGCAGCCCCAGGCUCCUCCCCCCGCCCCGCCCCUGUCUUCUUCGUCCAAUAGCGGGAAUGCUCCUCCCGGCUGGAACGACCCACCCCCAGUGAGGCCGUCUACGAAGGCUCAGCAGACGGCAGCUGCGAUUCCCACUUUUGACCUGACGGCCUCCAUCAUGACGCCGCUAAUUGGAGCCCCGGCGCCAACAAUGGGCGAAGCGCCCCCACCGGGCUUCCAGGGAGGCUACGUUCCUCCGCUUGGGCAGCAGUUUGUGCCCCAGCAGCCCCCGUUGCCCUCUGGGGCCAUAGGGGGACCGGUCUCAGUCCCGCAAGACCAGCAGCCCGUCCCUCAGGUCUGUCCACCAGCGCCCGUCAAGGAGAAGGGACUCAUCCCUCCCGAGAACCAAGUGCUCCAAGACACCUUUGAGGACCUCCGGCAGAACUGCGUCCAGGCUGCAACAAAUCCGCAAGUUCGGAGGAAGUUGGACGAUGUUGCACGGAAGUUGGAGCAUCUCUACGACAGGUUACGGGAAAACGUGCUGUCAGCUGCAACCACGCACGGCCUGCAUCAGAUAGUGCAGAUGAUUCAGCAAGGGGACUAUGCAGCGGCCCUGGGUAUCCACAGCCACCUGGUGUCGACGUCCAACUUCUCAGAAACCAGCAGCUUCAUGCCCGGCCUCAAGGCGCUGUUGCAAGUCGCCCAGCAGCUUGGGGUGUUCCUUCAAUAGGCCGCGUGUUUUGCAACGAGAGUUACCUCCAACUAUAGCUUUUUCCAGCUUCAUUAAAAAAAGGAUGCUGGCUAAGCCUGCUUUUCGGUUCCUUUCGAUUGGUAGUAGUCGACCCUGUACAUUAUAUUCCGCUUGAGCAAUGGCGGACGGGGCUAGCUGAGGCCCGCUGCGACGCUGCUAACCUCAUGCUGCUCUCAUUGUGUCCGGAAAUGGCGAAGAAAGGUAAAACACUGAAAAUAAAUUUGUGAAGAUUUUGGGUCAUUUUGCAACUUCGUAAUGUCGGUUUUUGUCUCCAAUCGUGAACAGUCAGUUUCAAAGUUGCUUUCUCUCGUGGAAAGCUGACUACCAAGACUUUAAUGUUUCAUUCUGGGACGCUUAUUGGGGCUUUCAAGCAGCGUGCAGAUUUGGAUGGAAGCUAAUGUUAAGCUUUAAAAUAGUUUUCUUUCUUUCGCUGAAGCUUUUUUUUUUCUUUUUUCUUUUAAGAGUACUGCAUAUGCAGAGAUGGAAUAGCUGACUUUUUAGGAUGAGAUCUGUUUAUUUUUAUACCGGUAUAUUCCCUGACAGUCCCAACCCAAGUUGUAUUGUCUCUGUGGAGAUGGAACUUGAACGAAUAAACGAAAACUGCACAUGUA